UAGAAGGAUAAUCUUUGUUAUUGAGAACCCUAACAACUUUGAGGCAGUCCGAUUACAGCGUAGGUGAGCAUCGCUAUUUACUUUAUAAAAACCAUUAUCAGCUUUCUUCCACUUCUGCUAAACCAAAUUCAACAGACGAUAGAUAGAGGCAAUCUAUGAGUGUGGAAGAUCUUCCUCGGAAGGAGGUGAACGUGCUCAAGGGUCACGAAGGUGGCGUGCUUGCCGCGAGGUUCAACUCCGACGGCAAUUAUAUCCUCAGUUGCGGUAAGGACCGUACCAUACGCCUCUGGAAUCCUCACCGUGGAAUUCAUAUCAAAACCUAUAAAUCCCAUGGCCGUGAAGUCCGCGAUGUCCACGUCACCACGGACAACUCCAAGUUAUGUUCCUGUGGUGGAGAUAGACAGGUUUAUUAUUGGGACGUUGCAACUGGACGUGUAAUUAGAAAAUUCCGUGGCCAUGAUGGUGAGGUAAAUGGUGUAAAAUUCAAUGAGUAUUCAUCAGUUGUAGUCUCAGCAGGCUAUGAUCAAUCAUUGCGUGCUUGGGACUGCAGAUCCCAUAGCACUGAGCCAAUUCAGAUUAUUGACACAUUCGCAGAUAGUGUGAUGUCUGUUUGUUUAACAAAAACGGAAAUUAUCGGAGGAAGUGUUGAUGGAACUGUUCGAACAUUUGAUAUGCGUAUCGGAAGAGAAAUAUCGGAUAGCUUAGGGCAACCUGUCAACUGUAUAUCAAUGUCAAAUGAUGGUAACUGCAUCCUAGCCGGUUGCUUAGACUCUACUGUGCGUCUUCUGGAUAGAACCACAGGGGAACUACUACAAGAAUAUAAAGGACACACCAAUAAGUCUUACAAAUUGGAUUGCUGCCUUACCAAUACGGAUGCUCAUGUAACUGGUGGCUCUGAGGAUGGCUUCGUCUAUUUCUGGGAUCUUGUAGAUGCAUCCGUUGUUUCAAAAUUCAGAGCUCACACCUCAGUGGUAACAAGUGUAAGUUAUCACCCCAAGGAAAACUGCAUGAUAACAUCAUCUGUAGAUGGCACUAUUCGGGUAUGGAAGACAUAAAGAACAACAUGCAAACAAGUUUCUCUGGUGUUUCCACACGUGCCAUACACAGGGCAAUACAAAUCAGUAUGGCGAUAAUAACAUGUUCAAUUUCAAUUGGUGUUGGCACCACACCGUGUUACUUGAAGUGUUUAGAUAGUAUAAUAUAUGUAACAUUCUUGGGGAGGUUUGACUUACAUGUGCAUUUUAUUUGGAAGAUAGUAAAUAAUACAUGGUUGGGGUCUGUUUAUGAUGCAUGCAUGCAACCCACUGAUUUUCAGUCAAAUCAUAUAACAGUUUUUGUGAACUUGAAAAUUUGUGUAUUGGGCCAUUCACUUUAUGUCUGAAGGGAGAAUGAGUUAUGUGUGUACUAUCGAUUAUUGCCAAUUUUACUCGGUUGAUCUCAUCCUGAAUAUUGAUUUUAUGUGUUCCCUGUGUCGGUUGUGGGUAACUUUACUAGUGUAAUUGGUGAACAAGUGGCUGAGAUUCUUUUAUGUAGCUACAAA